UACAGAGAUGAUUAAAUGAGAUUUCUUAUAUAAUAUCAGUAACGAACACGAUUUCGAGAAUAAACAUAUAAAUUUGUGACGCUGCAAAUGGACAAUUGGGAAACACGCGUUCAGCUGAGUCGCAGAAAAUUGCACUGGAUUGAAGUUAGAGAGAGUUAUGUUAGAGCACUCCAGGCAUGUCUUCACUGCAAGCCCAUUGUUCGCGAUGGAAUUGAAUUUUUGAAAAGACUUUUGGACACAAUUCAUGGCGUCAUGACGUGGAGUGAAAAUUCUGUUUUGUUUUGUAUGAUUUUAUGUGAGAAAGAUUGGUACAAAAUUAAAAUUGAGAAUUCAGUAAUUGAAGGUCGGAUCAUUGGUGGAAUGAUGUUAAUGCCAUCAUUAACAUUAAAAGAGAGGAAAUAUGUACAAUAUGAAGACUUCAUGGAAGUUAGCAAAAAGUUUCGAGCCGCGGAGUUUGAUAAUAUAUUGUUGGAUUGUGGAUAUGAAGAACAAGAAUAUAAAAGACACCUACUCAAGUCAGAGGUGCCGAAGUGCAAACUUAUGUUUUGCGUACCUUAUUCUUCACACGACACAUCUGGACUUUCAGCUAUGCACUACGUCAUAUUUCCACGUCAACUCAAACAUUAUUGCAGCAGAAUUACAGAGAAGGACGUAAAUUCUUCACUUCUCAAGUGUGAAAAGUCCAAUGACAAACGUUCAGAAUGUCGAAGUAUUGGAAAGACCGACAUAAACCCCGAAAGAACAGGCUUCUUUGCAAAACUUUGUCAUGCGUUUACCCUUCUUCAUCACCGACCUAGGGUUUUACCAAGAUUUGGCAAUAAACAUUUUGUGUUGUCAGGAAUAAAAAGAGUCUAA